AUGUCAAACCACAACAAGAGCAAAUUAAUUGAAUCUAAUGAAAAUAAAAGGCACUUGUUAAUUACGCCGGCGCAUUUAAAAUUCCUUAACGAACGUUUAGCAAAAUUAUCUCCUCAAAAGAUAUUGGAAUGGGCAAUACUAACUUUGCCAGGAUUAUAUCAAACUACUGCAUUUGGACUUACAGGACUUGCAAUCAUGGAUAUGAUAUCAAAAAUAAGUUACGAAAUUGACGAAAACGAGACAAACCCACAACAUUUGGUGCCUUUGAUAUUUCUUGAUACCCUUUAUCAUUUCCAAGAAACAUUAGAUUUGACCGAACGUGUUAAAUCAAAAUAUAACGUACCACUUCACGUUUACAAACCAGUUGAUUGUAACACAGUUCAAGAUUUCGAAAGACUUUACGGCAAAAGGCUUUGGGAAACUGACGAAGAUAGUUAUGAUUAUUUGAUAAAGGUUGAACCCGCAAGACGGGCGUAUGAAGAAUUAGGUGUUUUAGCUGUUAUCACUGGUCGUCGUCGUAGUCAAAAAGGUGACCGAGAAAAUCUUGAUAUAUUGGAAAUAGAAAGUGGAACUGGCUUAAUAAAAAUAAAUCCAUUGGCUCAUUGGGAUUUUCCAAAAGUACGAGCUUACAUUAGAGCAAAUGAGGUACCAUACAAUGCAUUGAUCGAUCAAGGUUAUCGAUCAAUUGGUGAUUGGCAUAGUACAAAACCAAUUAAUGACAAUACCGCAGAUGAACGAAGUGGUAGAUGGCAAGGAAAAAAUAAAACGGAAUGCGGUUUACACAAAGACUAUUUCAAAAUGAGAACUGCUUUUAUCGCUUCUCAGAAAAAACGAAAAUUUUCAAAUAAUCCUAAUAAAGCUCUAGAAGCAACAAUCAAAUAG